AUGGAUCCUAGCAAUGGAGGUAAUAACGCCAACAACAAUCCUAGUCUGGCUUCUAAGCAGCAGCGGCUUCGCUGGACACAUGAGCUUCAUGAACGUUUUGUUGAUGCUGUAGCGCAGCUCGGUGGGCCGGAUAGAGCUACUCCAAAAGGUGUUCUUAGAGUUAUGGGCGUUCGAUGGUUAACUAUUUACCAUGUAAAAAGCCAUUUACAGAAAUAUCGACUUGCCAAGUAUCUUCCAGAUUCUUCAUCUGAUGGAAAAAAAGCUGAAAAUAGGGAAUCUGGAGAUGUGCUUUCGAGUUUGGAUGGUUCAUCUGGAAUGCAAAUCACUGAAGCACUCAAGCUACAGAUGGAGGUUCAAAAGCGACUGCACGAGCAGCUGGAGGUCCAAAGACAGUUGCAGUUGAGGAUAGAAGCUCAAGGAAGGGUUACAGCUCCUGAAACAGGGGACAGUUGCCUGGACUCUGAUAAUAAAACUGACCCAGCAACUCCUGCUUCAACAUCUGAAUCUCCUUCUCGGGCCAAGCCUGCCAAAGACUGUGUUCCAGCCAAGCGCCUUUCCGUAGAUGAAUCCUUCUCCUCCCAUCACGAGCCACUAACACCUGAUUCUGGCUGUCAUGUAACUUCAGCAGUUGAGAGCCCAAGCGAAAGACAAGGAAAGAAACAAAGAGUAAACAUGGAAGCAUUCAAAGAACCGGAGAUGGUGCUUAAUCAUUCGAUACUUGAGUCAAGCUUGGGCCCACAUUCAGUUUUCUUGACGAGAGAACAGUUUGAUCAUUCUUCAGGAAUAUCUAUUGUCAGUCGAGACCCAUUGGGAAAAUCUUCAGGUGACCACGUAUAA